AAUAGGAGAGAGAGAGAGAGAGAGAGAGAGAGAGAGAGAGAGAGAGAGAGAGAGAGAGAGCGAAGGAGGGAGAAAAUAGCCGCGAAAGAGAGAGAAGAGAGUUGCGAAGCUUCACACUGCUUCUUCUUCGUUCGUCCUCGGCUGUUUCUAGGGUUUUAUUUCGACAACCCCUCUCCCCCGUCGACGUCUUCUUUCUCUUCCAAUUCCCUCUCGCCACUUCUCCUUCUCUAAACCCUAAUUUCGACUUCCAUAUUCCUUCUUCCUUACUCAAUUCCCUCCAACUCGUCUCUGAAUUCGAAACUCCGAGCAAAGUUUUUGCAGGACACACAAUGGGCGCGCUGGAGAGAUCACAAACCAACUCCAAUUCGAUGCAGCGUGUUAAGGUUUACCGUUUGAAUGAUGAUGGCAAGUGGGAUGACCAAGGAACAGGCCAUGUCACUGUUGACUACGUGGAGAGGUCAGAGGAGUUGGGGCUGUUUGUCAUUGACGAGGAAGACAAUGAGACAUUACUUCUGCAUCGUAUCAGCUCAGAUGAUAUCUACAGGAAGCAAGAAGAUACUAUUAUUUCAUGGAGAGAUCCAGAAUAUUCAACAGAGCUAGCACUUAGUUUUCAAGAGGCUACAGGAUGCUCUUUCAUUUGGGAUAAUAUAUGCAACGUACAAAGGAAUCUUCAAUUUAGUAAUCUUAGCAACGAGGCAUUUCAUAGUGUAAAUAGUGAGCUAAGGGAGCUUCCUGCCGUCGAGCUAUCUACACUUCCGCUGAUACUUAAGGUGUUGGCAGAUACUGUGGUUGAGAGUGGAAUUGCAGAUCAGAUGAAGUUGACAGAACUCUUAUUGAAUGAUCAAGAAUUUUUAAAAAAGCUGACGGACCUUUUCCGAGUAUGUGAAGAUUUGGAAAAUACCAAUGGUCUUCACACGAUAUUUAAAAUCGUUAGAGGAAUUGUUAUGCUCAACAGUCCGCAAAUCUUUGAUAAGCUAUUCUGUGAUGAGCUGAUUAUGGAUGUUAUUGGUUCACUUGAGUACGAUCCUGAGGUUCCACAUACUCGGCAAUUUCGUAAUUUCUUGAAAGAGCACGUGGUAUUUAAGGAGGCUAUUCCCAUUAAGGACCCCCAUGUUCUGUCUAAAAUACAUCAGACAUAUAGAGUUGGCUAUUUAAAGGAUGUUGUUUUGACACGAAUGUUGGAUGACUCCAUGGUUGCUAAUCUGAAUUCUAUAAUUCAUGCCAACAAUGCAGUGGUUGUUACUUCAUUGAAGGACGACAGUACCUUCAUUCAGGAAUUGUUGGCUAGGUUGAGAUCCUCCUCCACAUCUGAUAACUCUAAAAAAGACUUAGUUUAUUUUCUGCAUGAGUUUUGUUGCUCAAGCAAAAGCCUACAAAUGGUACAACAGCUUCGAUUGUUCAGGGAUCUUGUGAGUGAAGGUAUCUUUGAUAUCAUUACUGAUGUACUACAGAGUCAAGACAAAAAACUUGUCUUAACAGGGACAGAUAUCCUCAUUCUUUUCUUGAAUCAGGAUCCAACUCUUUUGCGUACUCAUGUUGUUCAACAGGAGGGAUCUCCACUCUUUGGACUGCUGGUUAAAGGUAUGGUAACAGAUUUCGGGGACAACAUGCACUGCCAGUUUCUUGAAAUUCUUCGCAAUCUAUUGGAUACUUAUGCAUUGCCUGGUGUCCAGAGAGAUACAAUUAUUGAGAUUUUCUAUGAGAAGCAUUUGGGCCAAUUAAUAGAUAUUAUAACAGCAUCAUGUCCUACAGAAGGUUUUCAAUCAGCCAAGAAAAUUGAAGGUGCUGGUGGAAGUCUUGGAGAUACAAAUAGCGUGAAGCCUGAGAUUUUGUCAAACAUAUGCGAAUUACUUUGCUUUUGUAUUCUCCAACACCCAUAUAGAAUAAAGUCUAAUUUUCUCCUAAAUAAUGUGAUAGAUAAAGUGGUGCUAUUAACACAACGGAGGGAAAAAUACUUGGUUGUUGCGGCAGUUCGAUUUAUUCGUACUGUUCUUUCACGCCAUGAUGAACAUCUGAUAAAUUAUUUUGUCAAGAACAGCACUCUCAAACCUAUCAUAGAUGCUUUUGUUGCUAACGGAAGUCGGUAUAAUCUGCUUAAUUCUGCUGUCUUAGAACUUCUCGAGUUUAUCAGGAAGGAAAAUUUGAAGUUAUUGGUUAGAUAUAUAAUUGAUUCCUUCUGGAAUCAGUUGUCCAAAUUUGAAAAUUUGUCUUCCAUUCAAGCUUUAAAAGUUAAAUAUGAGCAGUGCCUUGAAAAUUGUGAAAUGAAAGGCACUUUGAACACAUCAGAUCCUCGAAAAAGAAAUGAUGAGCGUGCUCCAGAGAAAGAAGAGGAAGACUAUUUCAAUGGGGACAGUGAUGAAGAGGAUACUGCAUCUGCAUCUGUUGCUCCCAAACAGAAUGUAGAGUCUCAUCCUGCUUUAUCUAAUGGCGUUGCUACAAAUUACCCACCAGCAAGUCUUAGGUCAGGUGGUUUAGUUGAUUAUGAUGAUGACGAGGAUGAUGAAGACUACAGACCCCCCCAGAGGAAACAACCUGACACUUCAGACGAAGACAAUGAAGUGAUGGAAGCACUCAGGCAUAAGCGGAAGUUGGCUUCUCAAGAGGAACCUGAGAUGGCCAAGAAGCAGCGACCAAUCAAGAAGUGCAAGCCAAAAGAUGGUGUAUUUGCUUCCUUAUGUACCACAUUAAGUCAGGCCGUCUUACCUGGUAAGAAGACGACAAACACUACUCAAACCAGUCUCUGCACGUCUUAUGAGAACAAAAGCUUAGGUGAAGAAAAUCACGAGACAAGUCCUGUUAUUUCUAGCAGCUCUUCUGAUAGUAGUAGCAGCAAUUCUGAUGAUGAAAGUUGCAGGGAAAAGGAAUCUAAAGCUUCUAUAAGGUACUCCGUCUCCAACAGUAGUGUCAUGCAUAUUACUUCAGAAAACCGUCAGUUAGGUGGGGACGACUAUCCAUUGAUACCGGCAAAAUCCUCACCCGAAAUGACUGUGAAUGGAUCUUUGAGUUAGUAUUAGCAUUAAUCUUCUAUCUUUGCCUGUCAAAUUAUUAUGAUUUUCAACUCAUGGAUGUGCUUGGUGGUGGGAAAUACAUGGCUCUGAGAUUCCACGAAAAGAGAUCAACGCACUCCUGUAAAGAAAGUAAAUCAACAGAAUGGAAAUAUAGUUGGUUUUGGGGAUUUCAGUUUCAGCCGAAGAUGAGGACGUCUUACUGUAUAGUGCGACUGAGUGGGGAAGAUUUCUUCUACUCUCAAUUUUACCUCUAGCAUUUUUACUCUGUAAAACAUUUGGCCGUAUUAAUUUUGCUGGUUAGCAUUAUCACCCUCCUCUCUCUCUGUCACAAUUUACUUUGCUCCCUCCCUCGGGGAUUACAGCGUGGUAUAAUUUAGUUCGAACCAGACUUUGAAAUGUUACAGAAAAGGGCAUAAAAUUUUGCCCUGUACAUUUGUCUUUUAGUUUAGGGGACUUAGUUCUGAAAGGUAGAGAUGAAUAUAUACAUAUAUAUAGUCGAUUGGAGUUCAAAUUCUAAAGAUGUAGAGAUGAAUCUCAUUUAUCCCAAGUGUAAAUUAAAUUUUAGUGGGUUCACUAGCUAA